AUUCAGGUYGGUGCUCAUAUAUACUCAUGCACAACACGGUGGCCUUUAAUAAGUGAGUCACGRGUGAAACUUGCACAGUUGAACUUUUAACUCAGUCGUUCUUCAAAGAAAUCUUGUAACAUUUGCGAGWGCUAAAUCGCAAACAAAAUGAUUGGCUGGGUUUGCUUUUUUCUAAUGAUUUCAUCAUCUUUGGCACCGCGUCCGAGUCCCCUCCGACUCUUGCACGAAGAUCAGUGUAGCACGGUCGUGAGAAUAGAUUGCUUAAAUAAGGAAGUUAGAAAAGAACGACUUCGUUCACCAGUUGGAGCCUCACAACGAAUUUGCGCACAGCUGACGGAUUAUCAAUUGCUAGAAAAGGUGAAGGAAAUUGGCGGGUAUAACCCCCUUUAUGUGGCCAUUAACAAAACCGGGGCUAAUAAAUUCAAAGAUCCAAGAACAUUUGAAAGAGAGCGACCUAAUGAAGGGCCAAAAGCUACCCGAGCACCAUCGGAUUGCAAAAACAAUCCAACGCAACCACCAACGACCCUCCCGACCACAAAAGCCAGUCCGACGACGGCGAGAUUCACUGAGCCUCCCACGACCACCAAAAAGCGUUCCACGCCAUAUUAUGCGAAGCAAGAUGAAGGCAUGAAAAUGACCCCAUUUGAAAAGUUGAUGAGAAAACUAAACGAUUUGGAAGACGACGACGUGAGCCUUGUCAGGAGACUAGUCAAACGUGAAAGUAAAGUCGAUAAUUGUUGGUCAAAAGGAGACUAUAUCACUGGAUCGAGGAAUCGCCGCAUCAACCUGUGCGGUGAAUGCCGGUUGGUGACUCAGCUUGCUGGCGAUGAAAUGCCCCAGUUUAUCAACGAAGUGGCUUGUGGACACGAAAUAUCAGACCUUUCAGGACAAGUGGCACAUGAUAACCGAUGCUACGCAUCAUCUGGUUUGUGUGCACAGAGGGUUCUUCUAUUUCCUGCCUUGAAACGUAAGGGUUACGUUAAAGAUGAUGGUCUUAGUGCUGAACAUGGAAGAGAAAUCUAUGUUGAGGAAUGGGCCACCUCAACCAAGAAGAUUCGCGCGGGAUGCAAGUGUGAGCUUUACACUAACCAUGCAGAGCUACUCAAGAGCAUGGAAUAUCUGUGAAUAUAAGUGAAUGCUUCAGUCCAAAGUAAGACCAACUGGUUUUAAGGUUUUGUAGAGUGACUGGUGAUUUAGAAAUUAACAAUGAAGGGUAGUUUUCUGCUAAAAAUAUUGUAUUCUCUACUUUCACAUCCCCAUAAUGCCUUGCAUUUUUGGGGGUAACCAAUCAAAAAACGGUCCCAAAUUGAAAGGUUUCUUAAUUGAAUUUAUACUAUACCUGCUUUUAUC